AGUGAGAGACAACAUCUUGCAUUUAUAUAGCGCCCCUCUCGCCGGGUGGUUGCUCGCCGCUUGCUUGAACACACGGAGUCAGACAUACAGGCACACCCACACCCACAAUAACCGUAGCUGAUGGACGAUUGCAAACUGUAAACAAGAGGCCAAACGGGGAUUGGGGGCUUUGCUUCCCGUCGCUCCUGACGCCUGAAUCCCGAGGUGACUGUAACCGGGGACCGGGGGCUGGGGUGUGUGUCUGGGCCGUGGCAGAGUGAGUACCCCUCGCCCGUUGCCCGCAGGUGAAGCUGCCAGCUCUGGGCGACCCCUGCAGGAGCAGCGAGCAGGCAAGGAGAGCAGCGUGUGUGGAGGAGGUGCUGCGGACACGGAGUUCUGUGCUGGCCUUUCCCACGGGGUGAGCAGUCGGCCGGCCGGACGGAUUGGACAAGUGGCCCUUUGAGUGAAACUCGCAUGAAGCCGACAGGACUGUAGAAUUCUGCUCUCGGAGGGCAAGCCUCCAACAUGGGGACCAAACAGACCAAAGGGCUGGUGCCCUCGGAGGGGGGGGAGAGCCCCCGUCGCCUGCUGGGCUCCAGGAGGAGGAGCGGGGGCCGGGAGAAGCCGGACUUCCUCUCGGCGAUGGUGCUGCGCUCGAGCGAGCGGCUGGGGCGGGCGGGAGCUCCUCCAUACCAGCGCCGAGUCAGCAUGGUGCAGGAGAUGGCAACGCUGGUCCGACAGGGCCGACAGCUCCAGGCCACGCAGCUCCUCAAGAGCCUGCGUCAGGAUUUAGGGAUGGAAUCCACCUCCCUGGACGAUGUCCUGUACAGAUACGCCAGCUUCCGCAACCUGGUGGAUCCCAUCACUCACGACCUGAUCAUCAGUCUGGCCCGGCACAUCCACUGCCCCCGGCCGGAGGGCGAUGCGGUGGGAGCCACGGAGAAGGUUUGCCGGCAACUGACCUACCACCUGAGCCCACAUUCCCAGUGUCGUCGUCGGGGGCCGGGCAGGGGGAAGCCCCAACACUGCCUGAAGGCCGUGCUGUCGGAGACGGUGGGGAAGGAGUCGGUGGACCUGUCUGGCAUCUUCCUGGGGGGUAGGGAGGUGGAGAGGUUUUUGAUGUAUCUGGAGCAGCAGGGAGGGCACAUGGCUAGCAUUGAACUCUGCUUCACCGAGCUGACAGACCAGGGCUUCCUCCAGCUACUGCCUUCCCUCAGCCGCCUGCCUCAUCUCAGCCACCUCUCCCUCAACGGCAACCGGUUAACCCGGGCCGUGCUGCGGCCACUCACCGACACCCUCAAGCACCCGCACGCCUUCCCCAGCCUGGCCUGGAUCGACCUGGGCAAUAACGUGGACAUCUUCUCCCUCCCCCAGCCCUUCCUCGUCAGCCUCCGCAAGCGCAGCCCCAAACAGGGCUCCCUGCCCACCAUCCCCGAGACCGGAGAGGGACUGGCCGGGGAGAGAGAGAGCCUGGCUGGGGAGCCUGAGGUUGGUAAUGGUGAGGAGACUGAGGCUAAUGCUGUGUCAAACCAGACCUGAAGGGGGGCGACACUAUAGGGGGCGUUGGAGCGAAACAACUGAAUGCGUGAGGCGUGGCUUUCCCGUGCAGGACGUGGCUUUCCCGAAUGGGGCAGGGCUUUCUCCUGUGGGGUGGGGCGGAGCGAGUGCCCCACCGCCAAACAACAACGAUAAGGAGCAAAUUGCAUUUACACAGCACAUUUCACGUCUUGAGGACGUCCCAAGGUGCUGGGCAGUUAAGGGUUUGCACCCGAGCUGGGGGUUGUGAUCAAGAGGAGAGUCGGUGGCAGACAAGGCUGGUGGGAGGAGAGUUUGGGUGGUGGAGAGUUGGCGGUGGGGGAGGGGGUCGGCAUGUUCUCACCCCCCAACCCCGCUGGAUCGACUUCUUGUCACUGUUAAAUCAUGGAUUGAUUCUUUGUAUUUCUUUUGUUAAUAAAAUAUUAUUUGAAUCAA